AUGAUCCACCAUCAUCUCACCGUCACCAAUCAAAUCACCCACCUAGGUUCUCAAAGAGAGCAAAUACGAAGAACACAGCCGUAUACACUCGGGAAAAAGGAGACAUCCCCCAAUCCCGAGACAUCCUCCCACCAGACAGUAGCUAGUAAUGCGUGGCAUCCCCAUCAGGAUGAUCCCAUCUCUGCCGCCCUCAAACCAUCACCCAUGGAGGCCUCCGUCUCGUCUCAAAUCGACGACGACCUGCGGGAGGAGCGGGAGCGAUUGGAGAAGAAGAAGGGCGACGUCAAGCUUCUUCUCCUUGGUCAAGCCGAGAGCGGGAAAUCGACGCUGCCGAAACAGUUCCAGCUCAUGUAUAAACCCACUUCGAUGGAUCAAGAACGCGCAUCUUGGACAGCGGUCAUCUACUUUAACGUCGUUCGUUCAUUAAAACACAUCCUAGCUACGCUUGAAGCUUGGGACGACACUCUUGACGAAGACGCCGAGGCGCAACCUACAUCGACGGACGAUUCGCAGUCUAUCAUACCAAAGAAGGCUCGCGGGAACGGUAUCGCAGAUCAGCCGUCACCAUCUACUUCUCUCUUGACCGGCAGCAUCAUCCAAGGAUCACCAAGUUCCCUGAUGCCGUCGGAGGCCGGCGGCUCACACUCCCAUUCGAUGAAAGAGGGCGGCGCCCUUCAGAUAGCCAACCUUCGACGCAGGUUGUCCCCAUUGGUAGCUGCGGACGCGCAGCUCGCGGACAGGCUCAGUGGCGGAAUUUCGGUGUCUGGUUCUGGUAAGGGCGGCGUCUUUGUGCGGAGUGGUUGGCAGGCCCGUACCAUCGAGAAUGCUCUCGGAAAAAUCAAACAAAAAUGCCCUUCGGCCGAAAGCGAAAAGAAGACUCGUGAGAUUGAACCCCAGGAACCGCAGGACCCUUUGGAUAUCCGGGAGUUGUGGCAUCAUCCCACUGUCAAAGGGUUAAUCGCCAAACGGAAACGGAAACUUGAUGAAUGGUCCGAGUUUUUUCUUAAGAACAUCACGCGUGUCGCAUCGCCGGACUAUGUCCCAAGCAUAGACGACAUCCUUCAUGCUCGUAUCCAGACUAUGGGAGUCGCUGAACACAUCUUUGAUGUGAACAUCCACGGGAAAUCUGUGACCUGGCAUCUAUUUGACGUAGGUGGUGCUCGAGGACAGAGACACUCGUGGGUGCCAUACUUCGAUGAUACGAACGCUAUCAUUUUUGUUGCUCCCAACGUUCACUUGGUCCUCUUCCUGAAUAAGACGGAUCUGCUGAAGGCGAAGCUCGACACCGGACUCAAGGUCCGGAAGUACAUCAUGUCCUUCGGCGAUCGGUCCAACGAUUACGAGACCGUCGUUCAAUACUUCCGCGCUCACUUCCUGCAGGUUCAUAGACGAAACAAUGAGAAUCGUCAGGUGCUGUAUACUCAUUUUACGAGUGUAGUGGACACAAAGGCGACGCAGCGUAUCAUUGGAAACGUUCGCGACUCAAUCUUCCGAGGUUACCUCCAGUCUGCAGCCCUCGUUUGA